AUGCUACUGUGCUCUGUCUGUCGAUGUAUGCCGGUUUUUAUACUCGAAACUUUUCUCAUACAGCAUACAAUCGCUUCUUGGCCGUUGUUCACUAAUUCUAGUGUUCAACUGUUAGGCCUAUUUCCAGAUGCUGAGAAUACGACCGAGCCGACCGACUUUUCGGUUCAUCCUCGUGCGAUGUUCAUGGCUGCCAUAGUUCUUGCACAAAGAUACGGCAUGACAGUCGAUAGAGAAUCCAUUGGUUGGGAUAUCGCACAAACGGGUGGCAAUGCGAUUGGUGCUGUCAGAAGCACAUGCCAAAAAGUAGCCAGUUCCGACGUCAUUGGUAUUGUGGGACCAGCAUAUUCUCGAGAAACAGCUGUUAUCGCUCCGUUUGCUGAAAGUCUCAACAUUCCAAUAAUAUCUCAUGCUGCAACGAACCCGAGCUUAUCCGAUCGAAAUGCAUAUCCAACUUUUUAUCGAACGGUUCCCUCUGAUGCAAGUGUAACAUUGCCGAUUGUAGAAUUAUUCCUGCGAUACAGCUGGAAAUCGUGUGUGAUCGUUUAUCAGAAUGACGAAUUCGGAGCAGGUGCUGUCGAAGCAAUCAGUGAUGCAUUCAGUGACAAUAACUUGGUUGUCGCUCAAUUAAUUGUAUUCGAUAUUGCCACGAAGAAAAUUCGAGGCGAUCUGAAAGAUCUUUUAUCAGUUACGUCAACGCGAAUUGUUAUUUUAUGGACUGAUGAAUAUCAUACGUCUCUAGUUUUACAAUUUGCACUUCAAGCCGAUGUACUUGGUCCGCGUUUCACCUGGAUAAUGAGUAUGACAAUCUCAUUAAGUCCAUUCAAUGAAACCUUACGUCCAAAAUUGAUCGGAAUGUUAACUGUCGAGCCUGUCAUCGGAAGUGUGAUCAGUUCUCCUUAUAAUACAACAUUAUUAGAUGCGGCUUAUCAGAUUUGGCAACAGUACGAGCCGGAAACGUUUCCCGGCGCAGCAAACGUUAAUUAUUAUGCGUUAUUUGCAUUCGACGCUACUUGGACAUUGAUCAAAUCCACAUAUCAACUAUGUCUUAAUCGAUCAAAACCACGUGUAUCAAUUGUGAAUAGUUCCUACUGCUUCGAUCGACACUUCUCAGAUGGCGCCAAUCUUUGUGACAUAAUUAGCGCGACUGAAUAUCUCGGCGCGUCUGGUCCAGUGAAAUUUUCACGUAAUUCAACCGAUCGAAUGGAUGGUAUUUAUUACGUUGUUAGAAAUAUCCAAUCAUCGACGAAUAGUAUUCGUUUUGUACCCGUGCUACAAUGGUCGUAUUCCAAUAGUCUGACAUCCUAUACACAUGCCGAUGUAGUCGUCUGGCCUGGCAAUGUCUUGACACCUCCAACUGGUCUUGCUGAUCUCGAAGACGUGAAUCUUCGUAUUUGUACAAUUGAGUCAAAACCGUUUACAAUGCGAACAGAUAUCAUUCAAAAUAAUCAAACAAAAUUAGUUGGUUACAUCCCUGACCUGUUAGAUCUCUUACAAACGAGUACAAAGUUUAUUCCGAAUAUAGUUUAUCCAUCAGACAAUCAAACGUAUGGUGGAUUGGUAGCUGCAGUUGCGAAUGGUCUUUUUGGUUACAUCCCUGACCUGUUAGAUCUCUUACAAACGAGUACAAAGUUUAUUCCGAAUAUAGUUUAUCCAUCAGACAAUCAAACGUAUGGUGGAUUGGUAGCUGCAGUUGCGAAUGGUCUUUGUGAUAUUGCAAUCGGUGAUAUUACAGUUACCGCUAAACGGCGAGAGAUCGUGGAUUUUUCCAGUUCUAUUUAUGAUAACUCAAUGCGAAUCAUUGUUCGGAAAACAGCGGCUGACAAUGUGGAUCUGUUCUCUUAUAUGAAACCGUUUUCGACCAAUCUUUGGAUUUCACUAUUAGCUUGUCUCAUCUUUUCCGGAAUACUGUUUUGUAUAUAUGAGCGGCAGGAUAACGAUGUUCUGCAUAAUCGAUCAAUUCCAUCGUGCAUUUUUUUGAGUAUCUGGUUUUCAAUCGGCAAUCUGAUGGGCUACGGUGUAGACUUCGAUGUUCAAACAGCAGCUGGACGAAUAUUAACUGUUGGUCUGUAUAUCUUAAGUAUCGUCCUAGUAGCGACGUACACGGCAAAUUUAGCGUCGGAUUUAACCAUAUCGAGAUCUAAAGAUAUCAUCUCGAGCAUUGAUGAUGUGAAAAACGGAAAAGUAGCCUUUAGUCGCUUGGGUGUUUUGAUAGAAUCCUCGGCAGAAGAAUAUUAUCUACGCGAGAUCUCGGAUGGCAUACGAAAUUUUUAUCCAUUAAGAACAUUAGAUGAUUUAUUCAACAGCUUAUUGAAUAAUAAAAUCGACGCAUCAUUCUUUGAUAUCGGCUCUUUAGAAUAUUCAACAAAUAAUGUGUAUUGCAAUUUGUCCUUAGUCGGAUCGGAUUUUGCGGGCAGUUCAUUUGGAAUUGUUUAUCCAAAAAAAUGGUUGUAUGCGAGCAAUUUAGACAUUGUUAUUCUGUCGUUAAGGGAAACAGGUGUACUGGAUGAUUUAAAGCGAAAGUGGUUUCAGAAAAGCGUUUGCCAAGCUUCAUCUUCAGAUGACGUAUCGACGAGUAUUGAAGUUGGAACAAUGAGUGGUCUACUUCUGACUUUUGCUGUACUGAAUGCCAUAUCUGUCAUAGUUUUUCUAUGGAGAAAACGAAUCAUUAUCAAAGAAACGAUGCAUAUUGUUAAAUGGAUCACAAUUCUUUUUUUUAUUCUGACAUCAAGUCUCGGAGCUCCAUAUAAAUCAGCAAGAACAUGUGGUUAUGACUCAUGUAACUUAGGAAAAGCAGAUAAACUUAAUGUUCAUCUGGUUCCUCACACACAUGAUGAUGUCGGUUGGCUUAAAACAGUUGAUCAAUACUAUUAUGGAUCUCGUAGUGAUAUUGUCAAUCGAGGUGUUCAAUACAUUAUCGACUCAGUUAUUCAGGCACUAGUGGAUAACCCUGACCGUCGAUAUAUCUAUGUGGAAAUGGCCUAUUUUUGGCGUUGGUGGAACGAACAAUCGGAUGAUAUGCGUAACGUUGUCAAAGGACUGGUUAAUGAAGGUCGUUUGGAGUUUAUUUCGGGUGGUUGGUGCAUGAAUGAUGAAGCAACAACGCAUUACAAUUCCAUUAUUGAUCAGCACACUUUAGGUGCAGAAUUCCUGCGUAAUACAUUUGGUGAAUGUGCUCGACCAAAGCUUGGCUGGCAGAUCGAUCCUUUUGGGCAUUCUAGAGAGGUGGCUUCACUGUUUGCACAGAUGGGUUUUGACGGUCUAUUUUUUGGCCGUAUUGAUUAUCAGGAUCGGAUACCACGCACUGCAGAAAAGAAUUUAGAAAUGGAUCACGUUGCAAGUAAUAAUGGAUUAUUAGGCCGUCAAAGCUGGCUGUUUACCGGUGUUCUGCCACAUGGCUACAGUGGCCCGAAUUCGUUUUGCUUCGAUAUAAAUUGUUCAGAUCAGCCGAUCAUGGAUGAUAAAAGUUUGCAUGACUACAACGUAGACGAACGUGUUCAAGCAUUUAUCAAUUCAGCACAUGUUCAAUCUCUGAUCUAUGCUACUAAUCAUAUCAUUAUGACGAUGGGUGAUGAUUUCCAAGAUGUAAAUGCAAAUGAGAAAUUCAAAAACUUGGAUAAAUUAAUACAAUAUGUUAAUCUUCAACAAGCAAAUGGCAGUGAUGUGAAUGUGUUCUAUUCCACCCCUUCCUGUUAUUUGUACGCUCUGAACAAAGUUAAUAGAGAAUGGAAAUCAAAAAAUGAUGACUUCUUUCCAUACGCAAGCAUUCCAUUUGCAUAUUGGACGGGGUAUUUCACCUCGAGACCGGCAUUCAAACGUUAUGAACGCUACGCUAAUAAUAUCCUUCAAGUAACACGACAACUAAACGGAUUUUCACAAAUAAAUCUACGAGAUUCUAUAUUUUACUUGAGUGAAGCAAUGGGACUUGCGCAACAUCACGAUGCAGUCAGUGGAACAGAAAAACAACAUGUAGCUGAUGAUUAUGCACAACGACUAGCGGAUGGUAUUGGCCGGACGAUAGACGUCAUCAACAAUGCUUAUGGAAAAUUAUUACUUAAAGAAAAUCGAACAGGACCAAUUGCUCAUCAAUUUUUAUGUCAAUUUUCAAAUAUCAGUGAAUGUCUUCCCAUUGAAGGACAAAAUGAAUUCGUGUUAACACUUUGGAAUCCAACUAUUCAUCCGGUGACAACUCACCCUCGUGUGCCAGUCACUCGACAAUAUUUAAUCUAUGAUCCAUCAGGCACGAUUAUUCAUGCUGAAUAUCUACCGAUUCCACAAACAAUAAGAAACAUUCCCGGCCGAACGAGCUCUGCUGUAAAUCAAUAUGUCUUUCAAGCAUCAUUACCAGCUCUUGGUUAUAAUACUUACUAUUUCAAAGCGCGUAAUGCAACUAUCAACGAACAGAUAAAAGAAUCAACAGUAAAUCAAGCGUGUACCCUUCAAAAUGAACAUCUGCGCGUAGAAUUCAAUGAAUUAGGACACUUGAAACGUAUUACUAACUUGGAUAAGAAUAUUGUGGUUUCAUUUACUGAACAAGGAUUUUAUUGGUACGUGAGUUAUACUAGUAAUCCUACAACACCGGAAUUUCCGUCAUCAGGUGCAUACGUAUUUCGACCACUGUACCCUGAAGCUUUUCCUGUAAGUCCUUUGCGACAAAUAAACUGUACGAUCACAGAUACAGUACAGAAAGCAUCGAUUAUUUUCAAUGAUUGGAUUAGUCAAGAGAUUCAUCUCUAUCGCAAUGCAUCAACUCUCGAAAUCGAUUGGACAGUUGGACCAAUUCCAAUCGAUGAUAAUAUAGGCAAAGAAAUCAUUAUUCGUUAUAAUACAAAUAUCGAUAGUGGAUCUAAAUACUACACAGAUGCUAAUGGACGUGAAGUACUCGAACGUAUACGCAAUCAUCGACCAACAUGGCCUUACUUUCCUGAAGUACCUAUCACUGGCAAUUAUUAUCCGAUCAAUAGUCGUAUUUGGAUUCGUGAUCGGGAACGUCAAUUGACGAUUCUUACUGAUCGAUCGGAAGGUGGUGGAAGCAUGUACGACGGUUCAGUUGAAAUUAUGGUUCAUCGUCGAAUCUUGCACGAUGAUUCCAUGGGUGUUGGCGAAGCUUUAAAUGAAACUGCGUAUGGUAAAGGUCUUGUAGUAACGGGUAAACAUAUUCUUAUUAUUGAUCGUCCAUCGGACAGUGCUCGACUUCAUCGAACUGGUGCUCAGCAGAUGUUCAUGCACCCAUUGGCAACAUAUUCCUUACCAAAUACAUCAUCCUAUAUAAAUUAUUCAAAUAUGUAUAAGCAGAGUUGGUCUGCUCUAUCGGACGCAAUGCCAUUGAACGUACAUUUAUUAACAUUCGAUCAGCUCAACUCGAAACAAUAUCUCAUUCGAGUUGAACACUAUUUUGAAUUAAAUGAAGACGAUGUCUAUUCCCAACCGGUGACAAUCGAUCUUCAAACAUUAUUCACAAGUAUUGGUACGAUCAAAGACAUGACUGAACUGAUCUUAACUGCUAAUUUACCGCUAUCAGAUUUACAUCGACUUGACUGGAUGAUAAAAGACGAUCAAUCGUCACGUGCUGAUAUAAUUCAGCAAUCUGUAUCGAACACGACGUCAAUCACUUUGAAUCCCAUGCAAAUUCGUACAUUUCAAAUCGAUAUUUUGUAG